AAUAAUUUUUUGAAAGAGAAGAAAAUAUGCCAUGUGAACAAGGCUAUCUUCUCCUACUUUGCUUUUCUGUAAAGGGAAUUGCUUUGGGAAAGUUUCUUUCAUUCUACACUGCCAGGUUCAACACUAGUGGCUUUCCUUCCCUGGGACGGGCUGCUGUUACCCAGAUGAGCCCCGGAGGGCACCACGUGGGUUCCUUUAAGAGGGCGCCAUGGCCCUUGCACCGGCGGGACACCGGAGAUCCGGGCAGCCCGGCGCGGCGGGCAUGGCAGAGAUGAGGCCGGGACCAGUGGCUGGGAAACAGCUCAACGAGCUGCCUGACCACUCGCCGUUGGUCCAGCCCGGCUUGGUCGAGCUGAGGCGCCGGGCGCAGGAGGCGGGCGUCCCGCAGACCCCACAGCCGCUCACAGACGCUUUCCUGCUGCGCUUCCUGCGCGCCCGGGAUUUCGACCUGGACCUGGCCUGGCGCUUAAUGAAAAACUAUUAUAAAUGGCGAGCAGAAUGUCCAGAAUUAAGUGCAGAUCUGCACCCUAGAAGUAUCCUUGGACUUCUGAAGGCUGGCUACCAUGGAGUGCUCAGGUCCAGGGAUCCUACUGGCAGUAGAGUUCUCAUUUACAGAAUUGCAUACUGGGACCCAAAAGUGUUUACAGCCUAUGAUGUUUUUCGAGUAAGUCUGAUCACAUCAGAGCUCAUUGUACAGGAGGUGGAAACUCAACGGAAUGGAGUUAAGGCUAUAUUUGACCUGGAAGGCUGGCAGAUUUCUCAUGCUUUCCAAAUUACCCCAUCUGUAGCCAAGAAGAUUGCUGCUGUACUUACAGAUUCCUUUCCAUUGAAAGUUCGUGGGAUCCAUUUGAUAAAUGAGCCAGCCAUUUUCCAUGCUGUCUUUUCCAUGAUUAAACCAUUUCUGACUGAAAAGAUUAAGGACCGGAUUCAUCUGCACGGGAACAACUUUAAAUCAAGCAUGCUUCAGCACUUCCCAGACAUUCUUCCUCUGGAAUAUGGUGGUAAGGAGUUCUCCAUGGAGGAUAUUUGUCAGGAGUGGACAAAUUUUAUAAUGAAGUCUGAAGAUUAUCUCAGCAGCAUUUCUGAGACCAUCCAAUGAGAAGCUAUUUCCUCUGAAUGACCACAUUUAAAAUUCAAGGAUGAGAUCCUAUCUGGUUACUAAACUCAAGAGCAAACCUUCUAAACUAAUUGAUGCUUACUUGAUCUUUAAACAUGCAACAUGGAUAUUCUGGGAAUGUUUUAACUUCUACAAUGCUCCGCUCCUUUUAAAUUUAUUAAAUGUUAGGAAAGAAGGUAUUCUUGUUUGCACUGGAAGAGCAAACAUAGCUAUAUCUAAGGUAGUUGUUUCAGUGUAUCUUUGUAUGGUUCAGGAAACUUCAUCUUAAACAAAGUGUUAUGAUCAUAUUGUUUAAUACUAGAUUGAUGGCUAUCUAUUGGAAAGAAAUAUUGUAUGUAUCAAUUGAUUGUGAAAUAAUAUUUAUGCUUAGAUAAGGUUGUUGUCAGCUCAUAAAUCAGACUGUAAUCUGAAUACAGCUUAAUCAGGAUAGUUCAUCUCAGGUAAAUCCUACUUUAGCAAAUGCACAAGAGAAGCCUUUGAAUGUAAGUCUACAUACUAUAAUGUUGUAAUCAAUGAAAUCACUAUGUUUGAUAAAAGUAAUUUAAAAGAAGAAAUUUUCCUGAGGACAGUUGAUGGUAUCUCAUACUGUCUUGUAUUUUCUAAUAAGAAUAUAAUUAUGGUUUAUAGACAGGGAAGUAGGGUAAUAUGUCUUAUACAUAGACUUUUAUACUUGAAAACUUAACUACAUAAAUGAAAGGUGUUUACAUUUUAAACCAUCAGAAGCUAUACCAAGUACUUUUCAGAUUAUUAAUAAAAUAAUUUGAUUUUAUUCUGAGAUAAUUUGCUAUUAUCUCAGAAUAUUCUGAGUCCCACAAUUCAUGUUUAAUUUAAACAGUCAAUGACUGGGAUGUGCUGUUUCUACCACAGUGCAAUUCAGUUCUAAUACUUUCAUUCAUCGAGAAAUGUGUAAUCUCAUCCCAUAUUCAGCACAGCCUUCAAUUUCUGACAAUGUUUGUACUUAAUGUUUGUAAUUAAUUUUAUUUUAAACUGGAAAGAACACAAGGUAGAGAACUUAAUGAAUUUGUGCAUGAAUUAAUGAAUUAAUGAAUUUGUGUUCAAGAAGUUAGAUUUCAGCAUUAAUUACACAAGAGUAUCUUUGUACAAGGAUAUUUUUCAUUGCACAAGGGUGUUUUUCUUUAUAAGAAAAUAAAUCUAAUCAGAUAAACUGAUACUUAUGAUUUGAAGUACCUCUGACAAGACAGAAAGGAGGUGCAGAUGUUCUUUAGAGAACGUGUUUAAUUUUGAUUUAGCAACUAGAUGCUACCUUUACUAUUUAAUUUUACUAAAAAAUCUUGCCUUUUUCUUAAAAGUCUUUACUAAAUUAUGAAAUUGAAAUUAUAUAAAUAAGAAUAAUAGAAAAGCAGUUAAAGAAGUAAACAGUAACAAAACAUCUCUGGCUUAUCAAACUUUUAAUCAUAGAAGGAAACUCAGAUGUCGCUUUAUUUACAUAUAGUUAUUAAGUCACUUGCCAUGAUUCUGUGAAGGAAUGGUACAUUACAACUAAGGCUAAUGUUUUAAAUGUGUACAGUAGUGCUUAACAAUAAACUGAAUUUUAAAAUGUCAAUCAAUGGAAGUACAUUCUAUGAUGGGGCUUUGCAAAAGUUUCUACAAUGAAGCAAUCUAAAAAGAACAUUGAUAAGCAACAUGAAUAAACUGUUUGGAAGGUGCUGGGCGAAUAACUGGAAUUUUCCUUAUGGCCUCACCACACUUGACUCCAUAGGUGCUCAAUGUGCUGCUGAACUUCACAAUAAUUUGCUUUACUAUUGUUAAAAAUAAACAUCUUUCUCAUAAA